UCGUGGGAACCCUUUUGGUUUCAGAGCUUGAAAAUCCUCUCUGUGAGAGAUGACAUCUGGGACGAGGCUACCCACGUGGAAGGAGAGAGAGAACAACAAGAGGAGAGAGAGAAGAAGAAGAGCCAUAGCGGCGAAGAUCUUCGCAGGUCUUAGGAUGUAUGGUAACUUCAAGCUUCCAAAGCACUGUGACAACAAUGAAGUCCUCAAAGCUCUCUGCAAUGAAGCUGGUUGGACCGUUGAACUCGAUGGAACCACAUACCGGAAGGGAUGCAAGCCUUUAGAGCGCAUGGAUAUAGUUGGUGGAUCAUCAGCAGCAAGCCCUUGCUCCUCUUACCAUCCAAGUCCAUGUGCUUCCUACAAUCCAAGCCCUGGCUCAUCUUCCUUCCCAAGCCCAUCAUCAUCCCCAUACACUGCAAAUCCUAAUGCUCAUGAUGGUAAUUCCCUCAUUCCAUGGCUCAAAAACCUCUCCACUGCUUCAUCUUCAGCAUCAUCUCCCAAGCUUCCUCAUCUCUACCUUCACAGUGGUUCCAUCAGUGCUCCUGUCACGCCUCCCCUGAGCUCUCCAACUGCUAGAACACCGCGAAUAAAUGCUGAUUGGGAUGAUCAAUCUGCGCGGCCGGGGUGGACCGGACAGAACUACUCUUUCCUUCCAUCUUCUAGUCCUCCAAGCCCUGGCCGUCAGAUUGUUGAUCCUGAAUGGUUUGCUGGGAUUAAACUCCCCCAUGUUAGUCCAACUUCACCAACAUUCAGCCUUGUCUCUUCAAACCCAUUUGCAUUCAAGGAAGAUUGUUUGGUUGGCAAUGGUUCUCACAUGUGGACUCCUGGCCAGAGUGGAACGUGCUCUCCAGCUAUAGCAGCUGGCUCUGAUCACACUGCUGAUAUUCCAAUGUCUGAAGCUUUUUCUGAUGAAUUUGCUUUUGGAAGCAACACAUUAGGCCUUGUCAAGCCAUGGGAAGGAGAAAGGAUCCAUGAAGAAUUUGGAUCAGAUGAUCUUGAACUCACACUUGGUAACUCAAAGACCAGGUGAAGUAUUUAUAAAUAGGAACGUCAGUGAUUGAAUGUGAUUAUGUGAACAUUGACUUCUGUUGGUUUGUUCCGGAGAAAUGUUGGAAGGUAACUGAGGUGAGGGCAAGCAGUUGCUUUCUUUUAUCCUUUUUUUUUGUUGGUAAUUUUUCCUUUACAUUUUAUUAGUUUUCCAGUAAUAUACAUGUUUAGUUAGGUGUGGGGUGGCUUUGCAACUCAUUCAUUUCAUCAUUGCAUGACUUGUUAAACCUUGUUGUAAACAUCAAUAUACAUUGUAUGGAUUGGCCUGGUUUGCCACUGAAAGAACCGAAUGGCUCAAGAGAAUGCGACCUAACUCGAU